AACCUCCACGUCACCAUGCGCCCCGCAACCCCAUUUGGCGCAGUUGUGUGUCUGCUAGCAGGAGCCGUGGCGGCCCUCCACAGCCCCCCGCAGACAGUGUUUUUGGACAAGCAGCAGGCGAGCUCGUUGAUUUGGCGCCCGAAGAGAAGCGUGGACGGAACCAGCCAACAGCCAGCCAGCCUGGAACAGGCCUGCAUGGAGCGGGUGUGCAAGUACGAGGAGGCCCGCAAGCACUUCCCAGACUCGUAUCGCACGGAUAUUUUCUGGGCCGUCUAUGUCGAUGGAGACCAGUGCGCGGAGAAGCCCUGCAAGAAUGGCGCACUUUGCUCUGACAGUGUGGGCGGCUAUGAUUGCGUCUGCAAGGCGGGCUUCUCGGGGGUCCACUGCGAGACCGACCAAACUGUUUGUGUGGUGGAGAAGAAAAAGGGCUGCUCCCAGUUCUGUAAACCGGGCUACACCUCCUACGAGUGCUCCUGCGCAAGAGGCUGGAAGCUCCACCGGACGGACAAGGACAAGUGCGAGCCAGCAGUCCGCUAUCCUUGCGGGAAGGUCAUCAGUUUGAGUCACUGGGAGGACAGACAGGCCACGAUCGUCCGAAGUGACUUUCAGCCCCUUGAUUGCACCUCAGUAGAGUGUCCCUGGCAGGCUCUUCUCAAGAGCACCCAGUCGGAAGGUUUCUGUAGCGGAGUCAUUAUCAAGGAGAACCUGGUUUUGACCUCAGCGCAGUGCGCCAGCAAGUACGACUCCUUCCAAGUGGCUGUGGGAAAGCGUAAGGUAACGUCGGAGGACAGCGAGCAGACUGCUUUAGUGAAAGUGGUCCACCCUCACCCCCGCUAUGUGCCUGGCCGCCCCGACAACGAUCUGGCCGUGGUGGAGCUGCUCGAUCGCAUAAUCUUCAAGAGGGAAGUGACAGCCGUCUGCCUCCCGGAGAAAGACUUUGCCGACAGCGUCCUGACCAGCGGGGACCUCCCCGCCGUGGUGACAGGUUGGAAGGACCCCCAACCUCCGGCGUCUUCCUUCCAGGGCUCGCUCACCCUCAACCAGUUGGCGUACAAAAGCCUGCCUCAGUGUCUGGAGAUGCACCCCAAUUUGAUGAGCAACAAAAUGGGUUGCACGGCCGCCCGCGCCAACGCCGACUGCAGCGUGGGCUCCGGAAGCCCCCUGCUCACAUUGUACAGGGAAGUCUUCUUUCUCACCGGCGUGGUCAGCCAGCCAGAGGGCUCAGAGUGCAGCAAAGGCUUCAUUUUUCAGAAGGUCUCUCGACAUCUCGACUGGCUUCAAUCACUCAUGGCUUCCCUGUAG